UUAUGGCUGUCCAAUGACCCAACGCCCAACGCCUACCCUGUCGCAAUAAGCCACCUCCCAACUAAAACUAUGCCAUAAAAAGAAUAGAAUUCCAACGCGACAGCCCACUUGUCGUUAUCGCCGUCUUUCCUUCUCCUCCACCGCGGAACAGAACCAGAGAGAGAGAGAGAGAGAGAGAGAGAGAGAUAGGCGAGGAAUCGAAGCACAAGCACCACGUCGCCGUUUUUUCUCCUCCGAUUUUGACAUCGUUCAUGUCGAACUCCGUCUCCAAGAGGCCCCUUCUCAAACCCUUCUCCCUCCUCCUCCUCUUCCUCUCCUCCUUCCUUCUCCUCCGCCUAUUUCUUUCCUCCAGCGCCACGGCCAAGGCCACGGCCACCGCCUCUGUUUUUACGUCGUCUGUUUCUGAAGCGGUGCCUCCUCCUCCUCUGGUUCGCAUCCGGCGCACCUUCCGUUCCUACGACGACUACGUCAAGCUGCAGCUGAACAAGACGCUGGACUCCCGCCUCCGCCGCGUGUGGGCGACCCGCGACUGGGACCGCAAGGUUCGCGUCUUCACCCGCUUUUUCGCCGACCUCGCCGCCGAGGGCCUGCUCUCCAACUCCUCCGCGGCGCUCUGCAUCGGCGCGCGCCUCGGCCAGGAGGUCGCCGCCCUGCGCGGCCUCGGCGUCUCCGGCGCCGUCGGCAUGGACCUCGCCCCCGCGCCGCCGCUCGUCGUGCGCGGCGACUUCCACCGCCAGCCCUUCCCCGACGCCUCCUUCGACUUCGAGUUCUCCAACGUCUUCGACCACGCGCUCUACCCCGACCGCUUCGCCGCCGAGGUCGAGCGCACCCUUCGCCCCGGCGGCUUCGCCGUGCUCCACGUCGCCGUGCACCGCCGCGGCGACAAGUACUCCGCCAACGACCUCCUCGGCGGGGUCGACGGCCUCCUCGCCCUCUUCAACCACUCCCGCCUCGUCCGCUCCCGCAAGGUCGACGCCUUCGGCCUCGACACCGAGGUCGUCAUACAAAAGUUCAAACACUGAUAUCCAAUCCAAUUCAUUCAUUUUCAUUUUUAUUUUCUUGUUCCUUCCAAUCAGAGAGACAUGUUCUUCCUCUUUCAUCAUCAGUUUCACACACUAAUUCUUUA